UCGCGGCUCGACCCGGAAUGAUCGUUUCCAGCGUGAACCUCAGCUGCGAGUUCUGUACGGAGGCAGGCGGCGGCUCGGUAUCCGCUUCCGGAGCUCCUCCGACGCUGAGCGCAACCGGGCACCUGGUGGUCUCCGUGUGUCUGGGCUUCAUCGGAACCGUGGGGCUGCUCAGUAACUUGCUGGUCGUCACUCUCUUCUGCCGGUACCGGGCUCUGCGGACUCCCAUGAACCUGCUGCUGGUCAGUAUUUCCGCCAGCGACCUUCUGGUCAGCGUCUUCGGAACCCCGUUCAGCUUCGCGGCCAGUACGCAGGGACGAUGGCUGUUGGGCCGCAGCGGCUGCGUGUGGUACGGCUUCAUCAACGCCUGUUUGGGUAUCGUCUCGCUGGUCUCUCUGGCCGUCCUGUCGUACGAGCGCUACUGCACCAUGAUGGCGCCCACUCUGGCCGACAACAGGAACUUCCGGCCGGCUCUGCUGGGGAUCGGCUUCUCCUGGCUCUACUCGGCCGUGUGGACGGUCCCGCCGCUGCUGGGCUGGAGCAGGUACGGGCCCGAGGGUCCCGGCACCACCUGCUCGGUGGACUGGAGGACGCAGACGCCCAACAACGUCUCCUACAUCGUCUGCCUCUUCGCCUUCUGCCUGCUGCUGCCCUUCCUGGUCAUCCUGGGCUCCUACGGCAAGCUGCUGCUGGCCAUGAGACAGGUCCGCAGCGUGAGCACGGUCGUGACCCGACGGCGAGAACAGCGGGUCCUGUUGAUGGUGGUGACCAUGGUGGUGUGUUAUCUGAUCUGCUGGCUGCCCUACGGGGUCAUGGCUCUGCUGUCCACCUUCGGGCCCCGAGACCUGCUGACUCCUGAGGCGACCAUCACGCCGUCGCUGCUCGCCAAGUUCUCCACCGUCAUCAACCCCUUCAUCUACGUCUUCAUGAAUAAGCAGUUCUACAGGUGUUUCAGAGCGUUCUUCAGCUGCUCCAAGCCAGAACUAAGUGGCACCUCAAAGACCUUUUCCCGGCUCACCAAGACCAUCCGCACCAUGCGGCAGGAGAAGGAGCACCACAUCUCCGCCGCCCUCCCGUCCUCAGCGCUGCCGACGCCUGACUCCCUCCACGAGUCCUCGCAGGGAGCGAAUCACGUGACUCCGUCCGCGGCCAAACCGGCGCCCCCUGCUGCUCACUGCCUCAAACCCAAACUGAUUCUGGUGGCUCACUACAGGGAGUGAAGG